AUGUCGACCUUGAGGCUCGCAACAGCUGCUAACAUACGCGCUUUCCAAAUUUUGACCGACGCUCUUAGUGUAAGCGACAGUAAGUCUACGGAAGAAGUAGACGGCGAUGCGCUCGAGGACGAGAUCGGAAGGUUCAGAGUGUGGGCCGGUAAUCUGGGUGCGCUGCAGAAAGGUCACAGCUCGCUAGACUACAGGCUACGCGACUCCCCGAAUCUGCUUAGCAGUGCACUCAAGCUUCUGAACGAGCUUGAGCACAACCUCAAUGAGACCUUUGCAGUCAUAUCUGGAGCUCGCCUACCUUACGAGGCGCAAACAUCGACGGAAGAAGUUGAGGAAGAUGAAAACGACGAUGGGUUUUUCAGCGAAGAAGACGACAGUGAUAGCGAUGGGCCCAGGAGCGAGUUGAAGAUGAGGUUUGAGGAGGUGGUUGACAUCAUCGACAAUCUCUACAAGCUUAGCGUACGCAUCAGAACGCCUAGCAUACACUCAAGAUCACUUAAAGCUUCCUCUUAUAUGCCAAAAGAUCCAGAGACCGGAGUGGAUAUCCUUGAUGCUUAUGCUGAGUUGGACAGAAAGCAUGUCCAGGAGCUACUCCUGCAAUUACGCAAACAACAUCCUUCGGGGGCUCAAGAAGAACAAGCCUCUCUGGUUGAGAGGCUAAGCUCCUCUAUCACGCUACGUAGGCGGCAUUUCAAGUACUGGAAGCGACACCGUGACAAACUCGGCGCUUCUGUAAUUCCUGAAGAGGCACCGGAGCCUGUCGUACCUGCUUCACGUGAGGCACCUAACACAAUCCGUAAUGAGAACCUCGAAGCCUUUCCAACAACCCCGAUGAUCACCACCUCAAGACCGACGCCAAGCCAGAAGACCGGCAAGACUCUCUUGUCAGGCACCGAAGUGACACAUCAUCAUCAGUCUCUAGAUGACAUAGUGGAUACCAAGUCGGUGACAAGCUACGCUGUGACAGUGCGGGAUCUGCACGGGAAAGGCAUUGAAUUACCGCCUCCGCCCAAAGCUGCCAACGGCGACAAAGACUUCGAGUGUUCGUAUUGUUGGAUUGUUUGCCCUGCAAGAUAUGGCAAAGGACGAGCUUGGAAGACGCAUCUGCUACAAGAUCUGCAACCAUAUAUCUGCACUUACGAGGACUGCGAGAGCUCUCAACAGCUCUUCCGUAGUCGCCGGGAGUGGGCUGAACACGAAGCGACUCAUCGUAAACUAUGGCGAUGUCCAGAACACGCAGCGGCCUUGUACAGCUCUGUUUCUGGUCUUGAGACCCAUCUUCGACAAGACCAUAAUGGCAGCUUCCCUGAAGAUCAGAUAGCAGUCAUUGCCAAGAUCGGGGAGACGACAGCGAUGGAUACACGCACCAAGUGUCCGAUCUGCUAUGUACCUGCAGAUACUGCCGGUCUAGGUGAUUUACAAAGCCACAUCGCAAACCAUCUGGAACGCUUCGCUACCUUCGCACUGCCUCACGGGAGGGAAGACGACGCAGACGGCGCAAGCAGCAUCGCAAGCCGUGGGAGUUCCAAAUCUCAAUCCCUACCUGACUCAGUCCGCACAGACACAAGCAUUGAUGAAAUCGAGCUGGAAGAUACUGCAAAAUUGGAGGAUUCCUCUGAGAUCCUCCAUGUAAAGGAGCCCGGACAGAAUUUACUGUCCGCAGAGAGAUUGCAGCAACUUCCCGACGAGAGUCAUAAUCGGUUCGCGUUGAUCGCAAGCCAAUCGAAUGAUCUGGAGGAUUCGGAAGAGGAGCAACCUGAUGAUCAGAUUGACGAAGACGUAUCGCUUUCACACAAGAAACACCUAGACCACGUGGAAGCAUUCAGACAACAUGUCCUGACCCUUCCAGGGGCCUUGUCCGUUCGAUUUUAUCGACGCUAUGGUUCCUGGCGUGGUUCCAUAACUUUCGCUGAUGAUUGGGUUGGUGAGGAGGCGCUGAAGGUCUUCGAUACUCAGCGCUUCCCCAACAUGGAUUUCAAACCCAAAAAGGACACGAGCAAGUGGAAUUUCACCAGGAUCAACCUGCCAGAUAAAAAAGAGCAUACGUUCAAUCGCCAGUCAACGGCGGAUACACAGGCUACCGAAGAUGCUGAGACAUUUUCAACUGGAUCUGAGUUGUACGAUCAAGAAGUUGAAGAUUCAGAAAAACAAGCAAUUAUCUCAACAGCCGACAUCCCCACAUUGCGUUCCCUGUACCAAUCUCGGCGGCUGUUGCAGCGCGAUCAGAGCUUUGCGCCAAACGAUGCUUAUAAUCAGAUGAUCUCGUUCUGUCAUUACGAUCUGACAAGGAUGAGAGUAGAUGCCAUUGUCAAUAAUGCUCCAUCUAACUUCAAGGCCCAACCUGAUCCAAAAUCGUUGCAUUAUGUUAUAUACCAAAGGGGAGGAUCAGGUCUCAGGAACGAGGCAAGAUCAAAGCCUAGAGUCAAGGCGGGUCAGGUCGAGCUUACUCAUGGACACGAUCUUCCGGCUUCGUGGGUGAUACACGCUGCAGCGCCAACAUAUACCGGUUCCAAAGGUGUCGGUCAGUUCAACAUUUUAAGCGCGUGCUAUCGUGAGGCUCUGAGAACAGCUGCCACUUACGAAUUCAAGACGAUCGCUUUUCCUUGCCUAGGCACUGGAGGUUGCAACUUUCCGCCGCGUGUUGCUGCACGCAUUGCGCUGCAAGAGAUCAGAGAAUACCUGGACGCACAUCCUGAGCAUCGCCCCGAGCGAAUUAUCUUUUGCGUAAAGGCAGCGAUCGAUGAGAAGGCGUACACAGACUUCUUACCGGUCUUCUUCCCACCUACGCAUGGAGAUCUCGACAGAGCGAGAACAUCGGACUGGUCAGCGAAUCGCGCCGCGUUAUCAGCUCAGAUACUAGAGGCACGUACACAGCUUCAAAAGGCCUUGACUGACAUGUCCGACACCUACGUUUUUAGAUCGCAGACUGCUGAGACUAACGUAUGUGCCCAUGACAUGCGGAGGGUCGAUUCUGCGCUGUUGUCCAUCCGCAACUAUCUUUUGGGAUCAAAGGAGCUUAAGCGAAGUCUUGCAGAUCUCAAUUUACUGUGCUCUGUCAUAUCGACCGCGUGUAGUACCAUAUCGGAGAUCGCAGAACGAGCGAAAGAAGUAGGCUUCACCAAGGAGGAGCAAAAUUUCUGGGACGAAGCCAACACUGGUAUGCAAGCCAGCCAUGGAUUCGAUCUUUCGACUCUCUUCGACUAUUGCUGGAUGUUUGCGAACAGCUUAGAUGGCGUCAUAGCAGGCGAUAGGAAGGAACCGGAUUCGAUGGCAAGAGCACGGCAAGUCUUGGAGAACUACGCUGUCAAACAGAAAAGUCAAAAUGCGAAAGGUAUCCGCGAUCAUCUGGACGAAGUCAUACAUGUGCGAAAAUCCGAAGCACCUAUCUCGAACAAUCGAGAAAUCAUCCAAGUUCAUCAGAUACCUUCCGUUGCGCGGCUCUAUCUACUUGGCGACCUUGAGGCCAAGCCAACGAUGGCGCAACCAUCCACUUCAUUCAACCAUACUGUCUGUUUGCUAAGGGAAGAUAUCACCAGACUCGCAGUCGAUGUUAUGGUAAACUCUACUGACGUUUCCUUUUCCGGCAUGGGUACCUUGGAUCGCACGGUUUUCAAGAAAGGUGGGCCGGGGCUACGUUGGGAAGUCGAAGCUGAGCAGAUCGGACCAUGCAAAGUGGGUGAUGUCAAAGUAACUCCUCCUUUCCUCCUACCAGCCAAGCACGUUGUUCAUGUCGUGCCGCCUGGUCAAUUCAGAAAGGAUACCAAGACGAUCUUGAGAGGCAUCUACCGGGAGAUUCUACACACUGCCGUGGAACUGAGGGCGACAUCCGUCGCAAUACCCAGCAUCGGAACUGGCAUGCUGAACUAUCCGCGACGUGACUGCGCAUCAUUAGCCAUGGAGGAAGUGAAACGAUUCCUGGAAUCCGCAGAACCGGCUAACGUUCUCCACAAAAUCAUCUUCGUGGUCUUUUCCUCCAAUGACGAGUUCGUUUACAAGAGCCUUCUGCCGGUCUACUUUCCGCCGCCGAAACGCAAGGUUUCCGAUGCAUCACAACGCGAGGAGCAGACCUCCGCUCAACACCAGGCAGCGAUGACCAUAGAUGACCACAUGCGAAACGAAGCUGAGCGAGAAGAGAAAAAACAUGAGAUACGAGAAAGAUUUGCACAAGACACCCCACUUCCAGCGUCUGUUCGACAAACUGAGGAGACCCGAGAAGACUCGUCUUCAUCAAAGCCAUCUGCUACAAUUCUUCCUGCCUCGUCUGACUUGCGGAAGCUGUCCGAGGUCAAUGAGGAAGUUAGACAAAUGCGUUACCGACAAAUCAUUCAACAGACGCAGAUGUGGACCCACGAGUCCCGCCCCAUGGAUAAGAGCGAAGAACAUGCAUUGUUCCAAUUCGAAUCGCAUGUUGACGACUGUGAUACGUGUCAUAAUGGAUUAUAUGAGAGGCGCCAUGAACUCUGCCAACAGGGCUACCGUCUUGGAGAAGACAUAUGGCAGCGUGUGGAAAUGUCUCCACAUGCAAACGUUCAUGCCAGAAGAGAUAGAUAUAAAUUGGAGGUACCAGCGGAUCGUUUGCCUAGCUCCAUGCUUUUGCUCUCGACUAUCGCGCAAAGCGCUACGCAAAGCACACAGACGGAAAGUGGCCUUGGAGAUCCGUUCUUCCAGACAGUCACACCUCGCGAGGUAAAACCAAAGGACCCGGCUCAUGAAGAUGGAAAUGCGUCACACCAUUCCGCAGUUGAAGUUGCAAACUCCACUGCGUCGGUUACAGAGCCACCUGGGGUAAUCCAUGCGUCGGUCCUUGCUCCGUUGACAUUCGGGGACUGGGUGCACUCCAUUCUCCAUAUCCAUCGGAGCAAGAUCGAGCUAUAUCAUACAAACAACUAUUCUGAAGGCAAUCCGUAUGCGACGAUAGAUCUCCGUGGUGCCAGUUCAUCUUUGACUCGAGGCGCUACAUUGGACUACUCUAACCAGCAGGGGCAGGCUAGAGCUGCAGACUAUCAACAAGCGCUGUCCUAUCACAACUGGAUGUUGAAGAACGGUUACCCGAACCACCCACCGCCUUCUCCUCGAACCCCAGAUGCUUCCGCUGUGCGUCUACCUCCACACGCAACGUCUUUGCUUGUGGAGAAAUUGGAAGAAAUGGAAGGGAAAGGAACACAGAGAGUAGAUAGAAUUCGGGUGAUGGAACGAUGGCAUUUUCUCGACGCACUAGCUCCCGAAGCUCCAGCGCUGUUCGACGCUCUCCAACGGCUUGUCAACCGUAACAACAAGACCCAGAGAGAUCUGGCAACGCUUUGGACGAUCGGAAAUGAAACCGACAAAGACUACCUCGAUAAGCGGGAGAAGGGCCUGCAGUCUUCCGCACAUGUCUCGAAAGAUGUCGCGUCCAGUUCAGCCGGCGGACCCGAUGAUAUGAAACCGACUUUAGGAGAGGAUACGCAGUCCGAAAAGAUUCUUGCAUAUCUUUCCUAUGAUCUAAAGACACGAAGUGGCUCCUACAUAGGACAAACCACCAACAAGAUUGCUGACGCAGUUGAUAUUGACGUCGGUCUGGUCAAUACGGUAUUGCACACCCUUGCUGCACAUGGACGCGUGCACAACACUAUCAAUGACGAUACCUGGGUUAUCUCGGAAGAGGCUAAGGAGCUUCCUCCGAUUGAACAAGUGCUCCGACCACCAGAAUCAGGCGAUGGUUACCCAUUCACUUCAGCUGGUCCGUCUACUCUAGCUGAUCGAAUAGUAUCAUGCUUGAGUACCAGAGCCCAGGGGUUAUCUCUAAAGGAUUUUGGUCGCGAACUUCAGGCUUCUGAUUCAGAACUUGUUAUGAUGAUACACUCAUUAGCAUUGAACGGAUACAUCGCGUUUGAAGACGAUAAACGCACGUGGAUUUUGACCGACUUGGGCGAGCAAAAGGCAGUCGAGAUACGAGUGAGAGGGGAAAGAGACGCCAUACGAGACACUGAAACGUUUGCCCCGAAUGAGAAUUCACCAAGCGAACUAUCCGAGCGUGCUCUAUCUUACUUGAAAAGCCUGCCUGGAAUAAGCGAAAACAUAUCAGAUCUCGCGGCUACUUUUGAUACCCCGGUUGCAGAGCUCCGACCGGUACUCGACAAGCUGGAGUCUGAGGGUUUAGUAGAGCACCAGGAUGAUAAUUCCAGUUGGACGGCAUCGCUUUCAACAAACCAGCAAGCUGAUAUCCCACAUCCUCCAAUGUACCCAUCUGCUUCUACCAGAGACCAUCGACCUGUUUCACCGCAACUACGACAUACAAGGUCGCUAGAUUUCAACUCACCUACACCGCCCGGUAUUCGUACGCCUUCCUUGCGUAGUACAUCACCAGCAGUAGAGUCUACCAUGGAGACUAGUCACAUUGAUGACGAAUCAAGCGAAACGAGGUCCAGGGUAAGCCGGGGCGAACAAAUGUUUCAUCGAUUUAAUCUCCCAAAUCCAACAUCCUACCGCGGUCCUGAAUUCCCGCACAACGAUUAUUUCGUGCCGGAACAGCAAGAUGUGGAACGUCCUGCGAUCGAGGCAAAGAGGUCUACAGAAGGAUCCAGCUGGAGAGAUGGAACGGGUGCGAAACAAAGGAAACAGACCAGAUCCACUAGAGAAAUAGCAGAAGAUAUCGACGAAGACCUGCAAGAAGGUACGGCAAGUAGCUUGAGACGAGCCAGGAUGGCAAAGGAAAAGAAACACAAAAGAUCGAGUAAAGUAGCAGCUAAAGAUAUCGACGACGAAUUGGAGUACUACGAUGGGCAGGAGGAGGACUUCGUGGAUGAUGAGGAAGAUACGAAAGUGCAGGGUCAAUGA